AUGGAUCUUGCCGUGACCCUCAUCAAGUCGGUUAUGCGGGCGUUUUACCAGACGCGGGACAUCUUGGUAAUGGACGCCUUGAUUCUACACGAAGCUCUUCGAGAUGACGAUCUGGCUUAUCUCAUGGCCAUCAACACAAAGGAUUUGCACAAAAUCUGCGGCAAACUGCGAGAAGACCGCUUUUUGACUGUUCACACCAGGUCAGAAUUACGCGAAGGAAAUCCACGGCCGAGUAAUCGCACGUGGUACUAUAUCAAUUACCGACAUACCAUUGACGCAAUCAAAUGGCGAGUCUACACGAUCGAUAAAGAGGUUCAAGGCGCACCUGUCCCGGCAAAUGAGAAGAAGGAAUAUUUCUGCAGCUUUUGCAAGGCUGAGUGGACGGCAAUGGAGCUUCUUGACAGUGUUGGACCCCAUGGCUUCCUUUGCCACCGGUGCCACCACACCCUCACCUUUGAGACAGACCGCACCUCUACUGGCCACGAACAGUCAACGCGGCUUAAUGAUCAGUUCAAGUUUAUUGGCGAAAUCUUACCCAAAAUCGAUGCGGUUCACAUCCCCGAAUGCGACUUUGAUCGCGCCUUGGCAAAAGCAAGACCUGUGGUAAGGGAUGCCACACAUCAACGAGCUGCGACAACCCCUGCAGAGAGUGGCACGCAUCGACCCAUGGCGGUCAAGGGGUUGGUGAAUACAGGGCCGCAGUCCAUUUCCGUCAACAUCUCAACCUCGGAAGGCCCCUCGGCUGCGGAGAGGGAGGCGGAACGGGCCAGAAAACAGAAAAUAGCACAGCAAAACGCUCUUCCAUCUUGGAUGUCGAACAGCACUGUGACGGGCGAGUCAUUCUCCGGCUCCGUCGGGGACAUUUCGACAGUCACACACCAGGAAGACGAAAAGAAAGCUAGUGCAAAGUCCAAGGCUGUGGACACAACCACAUCAGAACAAAUUGACGACAUAUUUGAAAGACUUAAAGCUGAGCAGGCCGCGGAGCUAGCCAAGGUGGCGAUGCAGGAAGGACUCGACGACGACGACAUGGACUCGGAAGAGCAAGACGGCGAUGACGACGAAUUCGAGGACGUGCCCUCAGCCAGUCAUGUGUACAACAACACGGGUGCACCAAGCACAGCGAACAGAAAGCGUGCGGCCUCUGUUGGUUGGGUGGACGAUGGAGGCGUUGGCCAGGAAAGACUGGGAAAGAAAUCAAAGGUCGAUGCAGAAGCCAAGGUGGAACUCGACCAUGAGGGGGGCAACAGCAGUGGGGGGGAAGACGAGGAUAUGGAAUUCGAAGACAUCUAG